CGACACAAUAAAAGAUGGAGGAAAAUCAAUCCAAGACUGCAAUUCAGGCAAAGAACAAGUCGUCUUAGCUAACAAAUGGGUAGGCUUAUUCGCUAAAUGCCUAAUAUGACUAAAUGAAAUACUCAAAACGAUUUCGCCAAGUCUCUAAUGUUGUUUCUCAACAGUCCCACCAAUGAACAACUUGAACCAUUAAGAAUUUCAGAAUUUGCUCUUGCUGCAUCAGAUUAUAUUUCGACUGGGAUAUCACCUAAAUGUUUCAACCAACUCAAUUCCUCAUGUAUUCCAACAAGCUCGGCUCAUAGAGAUGUCAUUCUGCCCGGUCAUGGUCUAGAAACACCAGCAGUGAACUGGCCCGCAGAAUUCCUCAGGCACCAGCCCAAGCCGCACAUGUUUGCUCGUGUUGUCGCGUCGUACCUGUUUGGGAUGAACCACCCUCGUCUUCCGCCUCUUGCUCCUCAUCCGGGGUGCCGUGACUCCCGGCGCCCCCCCGCGUCCUCCUCCGGAUCGUCAUCCUCAGCUCUUCUUCGUCAAUGGUGUGAAUCUCGUCCGGGAUGUCUCGUUGAUGGAAAAAUCGCCCAUCAUUUGAGCCAAUAGUUGUUGUAGUUGCUCGUCAGACAUCGCAUGGCCAUCUCGCCGUUGGUAUUCCGAUUCCAAAUCUUGUCGACUUUGAGAAAAAAACCCGGACUGCCCGGUAUUCUUGCGCAAACUAGGAUGAGUUCUCGCAAUCUCCUUCUUUCGGUUGCGUUGGAGAUUUCCCAUAUCUACAGAAUGUCUACCACGCUCCAUCUUAACAAAUAUAAAAGUGCUAUACUUUAAUUAAAAUGUAACAAUUAACUACUUGUACACUUUAAUGAAAAAUGCAACAAUUAACUAGUUUUAUACUUUAAUUAAAAUAUAACAAUUAAAUACUUGUACACUUUAAUGCAAAAUGCAACAAUUAACUAGUUUUAUACUUUAAUUAAAAUGCAACAAUUAACUAGUUGUACACUUUAAUGAAAAAUGCAACAAUUAAACUAGUUUUAUAAUUUAAUUAAAAUGCAACAAUUAACUAGUUUUAUACUUUAUUUAAAAU